UAUUAUCGCUUGCCCGAAAGUUCUACUGCUCCGUCCACCAUCCUCAAAACUGUCACUCGAGCUCGGACCGUCGCACGUCGUACUACUCGUCGACAGGGACGUCCAGCCACUGAUGUUGAUAGAACAGUCACGAGAACGACGAGAGCUACCAACGCUCGGGAUUCUGUUGUUUUUUCAAGCCGGGGCACACCGAUAAAGAAUCCCUUCGGCGUAAUCUCAGCAAAUCGUUUAAAUGAACUCGCUUCAGAGGAAGUUCGGCAUAUUCGGGCGUUCAUGUCCGCGCUGAGCUCAAAGCUGCCCUCUAUACCCAAUUAA